UUAAAAAAAGCAGCCCUUGCUGAUGUCAGUCUGGCAGUGACGUCAUUGCACAGAGACGGCAGCGCGGGGGGGUACACUCUGCAGCUCCGCAGUGUUUGUACUUUGUUAGAGACGCACAAAGAGCCAGCGGACUCGCAGACAGCAGCACCUCCUGAGCGGCACUCCAAUCGCGGCUGGCGGAGCAGAGAGGAACCGAGAGAGCGACGCCGUGCCGGGACCCGCGUCUCUGUCACUUCACACUCUCUGUGGACUCGCUGCGGUUUGCAACACCGCCCGUCAAAGAACUUUUCCCCGGCCGCCCGAAGGUGCGAGCAUGCCCUCCCGAAGCCUGGACUGCAGCGUCUCCACGCUGAUCGCCUGUGUGCCAGACCUGGAGGUGUUCACAAACCAGGAGGUCAAGGAGCUGUUUGAGGCGCUGUUCCUUGCGUACGAUGAGCGUGUGACGUUCCUGCCGUUUAAAAGCCUUCAACGGGUGCGCAUCGACUUCAGUGACCCGGCUGCCGCAGCCAACGCCAGGGUAGACCUGCACGGGACAAGCUUCCAGGGCAGGACGCUGAGACUCUACCUCCCCCAGGUACAGAACCCAGAAUCGGACAGAGACCAGCUCCACCUGGCCCCUCCCCAGCCCCCCAAGCUCUGCUCCAUCACCACGCCCGCGACGCCGCCCCUGGAUUGGCAGGAGAUCGAUGAUGUCACGGCCCUCAUUAACUGCGACCUCCUCUAUGCGGUGGCCAAGCUGGGGCCAGGGGACAAGUACGAGCUCCACGCGGGUACAGAGUCCACGCCCAGCGUGGUGGUUCACGCCUGCGACCACGAGGAGGGAGAGGAGCCGAGGCCGUGGCCCAAACUGAAAAUCAUCCCGACCCGACGCCCCAGCCUCCCCAUGACCCACUGAACACGGACCCCCCUGGGGGAAGGAAGCGGAGCCUUCCCUGAUUUCAUUGUGUCUCCUCUCUCUCUUCGAAAAGUAGAGAGAGGCGCCCCUCUCUCCCUCACGGGUAGCGCUCACUGAGUGCGCUGUCCUGCCCCACCGGCUGGAGUGGGCCUGUUCUGUGUCCCUCCCCCCACCUGGAGGGGGCCGGGGGGGGUCAAUGUGCGCUUGCGAUGUUUUGGUCUGUUACCGUUUCUCUGUGUUCAGUGGUGUUGGCAUAUACAUGUACUCCCAGCUCUGUUGUAAGAUCACCUGGCUACCAGCAGGGGGCAGUGCCAGUCAUUCUGCUCAGAGCUCUGCCUCUGAUCAGUUGUGCAGUUAACGGCACAGCGUCUGAAGUCGCAGCUUUCUUUGCUCCUGCGGUGAGCUGUUGUGUGGGACUGGUGCUCUGUGGGUUUAUGUAAGGACAUGCAGCUCGACUACAAGGCGGCCCACCUGGGUGUGACCUGAGGGUAGCAGAAAUUGUUCCAAUUGGCUGUAAGCUGCUCACAGUGCAUGCUUGUGAAGCGGCUCUUUUGACGCUGGAAAUGACUCCAUGUGUAUGUUGUGAAUAUCCGUCUGUGUAAAAUCAUCCUCUGUCUCUAACUCUCAGCGCCCUUCACUGUAAAUAAAUCUACAUGCUUCUGGCUGUGUCAGUGUCCUCCGUGUCAGAUAUAUGUAUGAAAUAUUGAACUGAGAUGAACAGCAAAAAAAAAGAUAAAAAAAAAAAAAUAAAACAUGCCUCUGUUUGUUUUGCCUGCCUGCCUGCACUGAUAAUAAUACUACUGAAUUUAACUGUAUAUAAUGGCUGUUUUUACUGAUUUUUUUACACUUAUUAAAUGCAUCCGUGCUCUGUAUAUGUCAGACUGAUUCUGAGUUCUGCUGUCAUCAUUAUCUCCCGCAUGUGUUAAUGGUGAAAUGGAUCUGAUGUGCUGUUUUUCCACUAAGUGUCUGUAGCGAAGGGUGAGAGUACUCACCCCACCCAGCCUUG